AUGUCAAAAGCUAAGUUGGAUGCUGUAUAUUAUAAACCAUCUCAAAAAGAAAUUCUUGCAACAAGAACUGAUGCUAUUCUAGUAAAUACUAGAAAGGCCAUCGACAAGUGGGUUCAAAUUUUAAAAAAUUGGUGUCAAACAUUUGUUUUUACUGCGGAUGGAGGGUUACGAUUUACUAAAUAUUCCCAAAAGAACGAUCAAGGAGGUAUUGAAAGUGAUAAUACAGGUUUAAUAAUUUCUGUACUACCUGAUCCUACAGAUUUUCAAGGCCCUAUUCAUGAUUUGAAGCUUUAUAUUUCUAAACAUUCUGAAAAUUAUCAAACUCCUUAUUUACAUCAUCGAAUUAACAAUAAAUUUGCAUAUAAGGAAGAUUCAUUAUUAAGCUUGAUCAAUAAUAUUGAGCUACCCUUAAAACAAGUUGAUAACCAUAUUGAAAACAUAACUGCUACUCAAAAUAAUAUGCAAGAUAAUCAAGCUAAACUUUUAGAAUCAAUGACUAAUUUGAAUUUGGCAUCAAAAUUGGCUAAUAAAGUAUUAAAUGAAUUGACCAAAAAAUGGAAAUCUGUAAUGAAGCCUUUUCGUACACCACUAAAAAGUCUCUCUCAAUCAUCCGAACAGCAAAAUUUCCAAUUAUCUGAACAGCAAGAAUCAUAUGAACGUAGUUAUCAAACUUCAGAAGAUAGAAUAGAUAGAAAUAUGAUUGUAAAAAAUUAUUAUAUUAUUGCAGAUAAUGUUACAAUCAAUUAA